AUGGGUCCGGACACGAGUCUUCCGCUUCCUGCCGAAUUCACUAAUACUGAGGAAUACGUCGAGUCAUUGCUGAAUUUGACGACUUCCUCAUGGCUACUUCAGACGCUCUGCGGAGGCGUUCACAUACUGGAUUUCUACACUCGCUCACCUGAUCUCUACUCCCAUAUCCUGCCACAGUCAUGGAGAGACUGGUUCAAGACGCGAGAUAUUAUGGACAUCUUGGACCUACUGAUGAGGGAAGACCUCAGUCAAUUCGAUGUUAAAGGGGAAUCUGGCGAGUAUAUCUGGCGGGAUGGAUCUGCGCCUCCUGAGGAACUGCUAGAGUACAUUCGCACUGUGCGAAAGCAUCUGCUGGCUCGCGACUUCCCUCCACCAAACUCCGGCCUUGAGCCUCAGAAAGCUGCUAUAUCACGUCACAUCGCAACCGGUAUGAAGGUGAAAAAGGUGCACGAGGUUGACAACUUUGCGCGCUACAUUGACAGACUCACCUCCGAGAUAGCACAGUCUGACAGGAAACCUAUUUCCCAUCUUGUCGACUUCGGCUCCGGUCAGAACUAUCUUGGCCGCGCACUUGCUGCUCCACCUUACUCCAAGCACAUCGUUGCUGUGGAAAGUAAACAGCACAACAUAGAGGGUGCGAAAAACAUGGAUAUCCUAGCCAAGUUGGUAGCCAAGCCCAUCGUUAUGAGGAACAAGAAGGAGUACCGCGCUAAGAUGGGCAAGUCGAAGAAGGGCAACAAGACCGAAGAGUCUGAAACAACUCUCCUUGAUGAAUCCAUCUCAGCCAAUGCUAAGGAGGAAGGCUUAGCGACAAACGGUCAUGAUCAGGAAGCAACAUCCGCUUCAGGUACUCAGGAUUCUGCUACUGCUCCUCCACUAUCGAACGGCGUGAACUGCAAUGAGGAUGGCUGCACACUACAUCCAGUCUCGGAAGCCAUCUCAGAUCCCGUUUCGACGACCAAAACCUCUACUCUACAAAUAUAUAAUGAAGGCCAUGGUAGCGUACAGUACGUUGAACACAUCAUCAAGGGUGGUGAUCUGACACCUGUCAUUGAUCAAGUCCUUGACAGCUCCAACGUACCCAAUGAGGCGGUGACUUCGGAGACAGCCGUGGUCGCCGAAGCUACUGACUUGAACGUUGUACCAAAACCAAAGGAUGUAAACGCAAUGGUCAUUUCGCUGCACUCAUGCGGCAAUCUCGUUCAUUACGGACUACGCUCCAUGCUUCUCAACCCACAUAUCUCCGCAGUAGCCAUGGUAGGGUGUUGCUACAAUCUGGUCACAGAGCGUCUUGGACCUCCUACUUAUAAGCUACCUACGCUUCGUCCUAAUCAUCCACGCCUCGAGUCUACCUCCAAAGCGUUCGACCCGAACGGAUUCCCCAUGUCAGAGAGACUCGCAAGAUACCCAUUACCACAUACGCCUCUGGAACCGGCAGAAGACGACUCGAAAACAGAUACUGGCAGACCCGAACAGCCAAAGGGUAUACGUCUCAAUAUUACAGCCCGCAUGAUGGCUGUGCAGGCGCCUUUUAACUGGGGCGUGGCCGACUCAGAGCUCUUCUUCACUCGUCACUUUUAUCGAGCUCUGCUUCAGCGCAUCUUCCUGGAUCGUGGCGUAGUCUCGGCACCCUUGGACGAGCAGGGCCUUGUUGGUAGUGCAGUCUCAGCUAACGGUCAUACUUCGCAAGUGAACUGGACACCACCAAACGGUCGUGGCCCUGGCCUGUCUUCGGAUGGUACAACAACGCCCCUCACUAUAGGCACGCUGCGCAAGUUUGCCUACAGCGAUUUCGUCUCCUACGUUCGAGCUGCGCUAGCAAAACUUACGGCGGAGAACUCUUUCUGUCAGGUUGAUCCCAACUUCAUAAAAGGAAAGAUGGAUGGUUUGACAGAUGAAGACAUUAGGAGUUACGAAAUCAGCUAUGCUGAGAGAAAGAAGGAAUUGAGUGUCAUGUGGAGCUUGAUGGCCUUCAGCGCUGGCGUAGUCGAAGCUGUCGUCGUGACAGAUCGAUACCUGUGGCUCAAGGAGCAGAGAGAAGUUGAACAUGCGUGGGUUGAGCCUGUAUUUGAAUACAAGUACAGUCCGCGCAACCUUGUCGUCGUAGGUAUCAAGAAGCAGAGCGGCAUGCACAGCUGUAGUCAAUGA